AUGGAGCUUAAAGUGUUGAAGAUUGUAGGUAUAGAAGCUAGAGAGUGCUGCUUGUUUUAUCUUAAAAUGGGCUCUCAUGAUGGCGAGGAUGAAGAGUUGCCACCACCCCCGCCGGUGCCACCAGAUGUGGUUCCCAUUAAAGCUGAAGAUGCUGUGGGAGAAUCACCAGCAAACAAGCUAGUAAAGCCAAAGAGAUUACUGAUGGACAGGCCUGGUAUAGGAAGAAAAGGGCAGCUAGUCCAGCUCUAUUCAAAUCACUUUAAAGUCGUCGUGAAGAGUACAGAAGACUUCUUCUUUCACUAUUAUGUAAACCUGAAGUAUGAGGAUGAUCAACCUGUUGAAGGUAAAGGGAUCGGCAGAAAGGUGAUUGAUAAACUGCAGCAGACAUAUCGCGCUGAGCUUUCCAACAAGGAUUUUGCAUAUGAUGGAGAAAAGAGCCUGUUUACAGUUGGUGGUCUUCCACAAAAAAACAAUGAAUUCACCGUCGUCUUGGAGGACGCGUCUACUGGAAAGACUGCUGCCAAUGGGAGCCCUGGAGGUAAUGACAGUCCUGGAGGUGGUGACAGGAAGAGAGUGAGGAGGCCAUACCAGACGAAAACUUUCAAAGUGGAGAUAAAUUUUGCAGCAAAGGUUCCUAUGAGUGCUAUUGGUCAAGUCAUUAGAGGCGAAGAAACGGAGAACUCCCUGGAGGCACUUCGUGUUCUUGAUAUCAUACUGAGGCAGCAUUCCGCAGAACAAGGCUGCCUUUUGGUUAAGCAAUCGUUUUUCUACAACAACCCUUCAAACUUUGUUGACUUGGGUGGUGGUGUGAUGGGUUGCCGUGGAUUUCAUUCAAGCUUCCGCGGCACACAGAGUGGACUUUCCCUGAACGUUGAUGUCUCAACAACAAUGAUCGUGAAGCCUGGCCCUGUUAUUGAUUUUCUUCUUUCUAACCAGAAUGUUAAUGAUCCUAGCAGAAUUGAUUGGCAAAAGGCCAAGCGUGCUCUCAAGGGCUUGAGGAUUAGAACCACUCCUGCAAAUUCAGAAUUCAAGAUUUUUGGUCUCAGCGAGAGGAUUUGCAAAGAACUAACGUUUCCACUGAGGCAGAGAAAUGGUAGCAACGGAGAUUGUGAUACCAUUGAAAUAACUGUCUAUGACUACUAUGCGAAGAAAGGAAUCGAUCUAAAGUAUUCUGGUGAUUUCCCCUGUAUAAAUACAGGGAGGGCAAAGCGUCCAACAUAUUUUCCAAUCGAGCUAUGCUCCCUUGUUCCGCUUCAAAGAUACACCAAAGCUUUGUCUACGCUACAAAGGUCAUCCCUUGUUGAGAAGUCUAGACAGAAGCCUCAAGAAAGGAUGACAGUUCUAAAUGAUGCACUGCAACGCAGUAACUAUGAUUCUGACCCCAUGUUGAGGGCAUGUGGCGUUUCAGUUGCUCCAAAAUUUACCCAAGUUGAAGGAAGGAUCCUUCAAGCCCCAAAGCUGAAAGCCGGACAUGGUGAUGAUAUCUUCUCACGAAAUGGACGGUGGAAUUUCACCAAUAGGAAGUUUUAUCAAACCUGCUCUGUGGAUAAGUGGGCGGUUGUUAAUUUCUCUGCACGUUGUGAUGUUCGGAAUCUUAUCCGUGACCUGAUGAGGAAUGCAUCUGCAAAGGGAAUUCAAAUGGAGGAACCUUUUGAUGUGUUUGAAGAGAGUCCCUCUAUGAGGCGUGCACCUGUGUUGAGAAGAGUGGAUGAUAUGUUUGGGCAGAUAAAAUCAAAACUUCCUGGAGCUCCUAGGUUCCUCAUGUGCCUUCUCCCUGAGAGGAAAAAUUGCGAAGUCUAUGGUCCUUGGAAGAGAAAGUGCCUGGCCGAGUUUGGUAUUGUCACACAGUGUCUAGCUCCAACAAGAGUCAAUGAUCCGUACCUGCUUAAUUUGCUGAUGAAGAUUAAUGCAAAGCUUGGUGGUCUGAACUCGUUGCUGCAAGUUGAAGCAUCUCCAUCAAUACCCCAUGUGUCGGAAGUACCCACCAUCAUCUUGGGUAUGGAUGUGUCUCAUGGUCAUCCAGGACAGGAUAGACCUUCAGUUGCAGCGGUGGUUAGUUCUCGUCAAUGGCCUCUUAUCUCUAAAUAUAGAGCAUCAGUGCACACCCAAUCCGCCAGACUAGAAAUGAUGUCCUCCUUGUUUAAGCCACGGGGUAGUGAUGAUGAUGGCCUCAUUCGGGAAUCACUGAUUGACUUCUACACUAGCUCUGGAAAGCGAAAACCAGACCACAUUAUUAUUUUCAGGGAUGGAGUCAGCGAAAGUCAGUUUACCCAGGUCAUCAACAUUGAACUGGAUCAGAUAAUUGAGGCAUGUAAGUUUCUCGAUGAGAAGUGGUCACCCAAGUUCACUGUGAUUGUUGCUCAAAAGAACCACCACACCAAGUUUUUUCAGACCGGAUCACCAGACAAUGUUCUUCCUGGAACUGUCGUGGACAAUAAAGUUUGCCAUCCUAAGAACUUUGACUUCUACAUGUGUGCACAUGCUGGGAUGAUUGGAACGACAAGGCCGACCCAUUAUCAUGUUCUGCACGAUGAGAUAGGUUUCUCUGCUGACGAAGUGCAGGAGUUUGUUCAUUCGCUCUCUUACGUGUAUCAAAGGAGCACAACAGCCAUCUCAGUAGCUUGGAACCUUGAAGGCUCGCUUGUUGCGCCAACCGACUUAGCUGCUGAAUGCCUGAAUCUGGAGGCUUUUGUAGGAGAACCAGUCAGCAGUCCUUUUGUCUGCGGUGUUACUGUCAGCAGCUUACGUCCUAGUAAAGUUCUUCGCUGCUAUGUCUCUUUGCUGAAUUCAUCCUCCACUACAAUAGAGGUCAGAGCCUCAGAGGUCAGACUGCAACAAACAUCUCAUGAGAGGUAA